CUCUACCGGCGAGUCUGGCGGUAUAUAUAUAUAUAUAUAUAGACAUAUACAAAUAUGUUUUUGAAUGAUAUUGGACAGCCCCUAAUUCUAGAUGCCCAGAAAAAGUAUGGGCCCUUCGAGCAGCACAACGGAGCCCUUCUCUUGACGUCGGUCGCCUUCAAAAAGCACGAAGUGCCCACCAAGUGGUGCAAGUGCAUCAUUGGGUCCGAGGAGAAUAUGCUUCGGCUGCGUUUACCAGACACUAAAGAGAUUUACAAAAACUGUACUCAUCAAGUUAUAGCUCCCAACAAACCGACUAAGUGCUCUACGAUCAAACGAAGAUCACCUUGACGCUGUUUCCAGCAGGAAAAAACAAGUA